GCGGGCACGGGAGCAACGCCUCACGCCUUGCGUCCCGUGCUCCCAUCUCCUCCUCCUCCUCCUCCUCCUCCUCCUCGUCAACCUCGACCUCGACCUGCCCCUCGUCAACACGCAACUCUCGUUUCUUACAAUGUUCCCCAAGUGCUGACAUUGUUUUUCUUACCAUUGAUCUUGCUCGACGCGUCUUCUUCGCCUCCUUCUACCCCUCCCUGCCCCACCUCCGCCUCGCUCCUACCCCCACCUUCUAUCACCUCGCCCCCACUCAACCUCCCCUGCCCUCGCUUUACUAUGGACGAAACGCCCACUCCCGAUAACGCCGGAUCGCAUAAAGCCAUCUACACGGUCUUUACUUCGCCGCAUCAUGCGCCCAUGCCCAACCAUCUCCCGACGCUCAUCGUCACCCCUCAUGGGCAGCCCAACCAUAUACUCUACACCUAUCUGCAUACGGAGGAAAACCGCGUAAAUUACCUCCUUACCCCGUCGCCGCAGGGUGACUUGUGCGUCGCCAAGUUGUUCCCGCCGGCACGCGCAGGCUCGACAUCCAACUCAUCCUUGCCGACAAUGCCGAGCCAGCGUAACAAUGUCGUGCAUUGCGAGGCGUCUCGUGAUCUCAAGUGGACGAUCGAGAACACCGGAAGGAUGAAUCCGACGUACAAGAUCGUCAACCAAGACGACACGCCCCUCUACCAGAUCUCCAAGCCCAACCCUCACGCGGAGCACUGGACCAUGUUCUACUUCAAAUACGCUGGACACCAAAUCCCUCCCCGGCGUGUCGAGUUUGGCAAGAUUCAGAAGAACCCACAGGACCGUGGCGGCGGCACGCGCAUCACCAUCACAGGCAAGACCGAUGACGAGAAGCAGGUCUGGCAGACCCUUGGUGUCGGUAACGAGGACUGCGUCGAGUGGGUGGUGGCAUGCGCAUGCCUCAACCUCCUGGACGACCAAAUUCUUCAGGCUGCCGAGAGGAAGCAGACCGGUGCCGGCCCCGCAUCCACUGCCCCAUCUCCUGCGAUGCGCACCAGCCCCGUCGCCCGUGGCCCCGGGCCAGCGGCGACGCGGGGCUUCCCUCCGGCUGGCGCACCAUCACAGAAUGGCCGCAUGGGUCCCGGUAUCGCAUCCACCGGCCCCGGCAUUGCUUCGACAGCGCCUCCCGGAGGCUACCGUGGCCCCCCUCCACAAAUGCAAGGUCGGCCGCCCAUGGGUCACCCCGGUCACCCGCAGCAGCCCCCUCCCCAGGGCUACAACCCGCACAUGCGUAGCCCUGUUAGCCCAAACCCCGGGCAGCGCGGCAUGCCGCCAAUGCAGCGUCCGCCGCCCCAAGCCGCCGGCAGGAGACUGUGAUAGGAAGUCCGAGGUGCGAGCUUGCUGGGCCGCCUUCGCCGGCUGGUUGGCCAGAGGGGGUGACGGAUGGGCCCCCGUGUACAUGUGUACUGGCAUUUUGGAGUGUGGACAGUUUCUUCUGGGCUAUACCCUACAUUGAUACUCCGCGACGGAUGCAGAGCGUAACGAGCAACGAUGCAUGCUGUGCG